ACCUAAGGGGGGGCGGUGUAAGAAGUUUGCUGACGAAGAUGGCGACUGAGGCACUGAGUGAAGGGGAGGUGCCAGCCGGCGAAUCCGGCCGGAGUGAUGCCAUCUGCAGUUUUGUGAUCUGCAAUGACUCUUCCCUUCGAGGUCAGCCCAUUAUCUUUAAUCCUGACUUUUUUGUGGAGAAGCUCCGACAUGAGAAACCUGAGGUGUUCACCGAGUUGGUGGUCAGCAAUAUCACAAGGCUCAUUGAUUUGCCUGGAACGGAGUUGGCUCAGCUGAUGGGGGAAGUGGACCUUAAGUUGCCUGGCGGGGCUGGCCCAGCGUCAGGAUUCUUCCGGUCUCUCAUGUCUCUCAAGCGCAAGGAAAAAGGAGUGAUAUUUGGGUCCCCACUGACGGAGGAAGGCAUUGCCCAGAUAUACCAGUUGAUUGAAUAUCUACACAAAAACUUGCGAGUAGAGGGUUUGUUUAGAGUACCAGGUAAUAGUGUCCGACAGCAGAUUUUAAGGGAUGCUCUCAAUAAUGGAACUGACAUUGACUUGGAAUCAGGGGAGUUUCAUUCAAAUGAUGUUGCCACUUUGCUGAAGAUGUUUCUAGGAGAGUUGCCGGAGCCUCUGCUGACACAUAAACAUUUCAAUGCGCACCUCAAAAUUGCUGAUUUGAUGCAGUUUGAUGAUAAAGGAAACAAAACCAAUAUACCAGACAAGGACCGGCAAAUUGAGGCUCUCCAGUUACUCUUCCUCAUUCUCCCUCCUCCCAAUCGGAAUUUGCUGAAGUUAUUGCUUGAUCUCCUAUACCAGACAGCAAAGAAACAAGACAAGAAUAAGAUGUCAGCCUAUAACCUUGCCCUUAUGUUUGCACCCCAUGUUCUGUGGCCAAAAAAUGUCACUGCAAAUGACCUUCAGGAGAAUAUCACAAAGUUAAACAGUGGGAUGGCUUUUAUGAUUAAACACUCCCAGAAACUUUUUAAGGCUCCUGCUUACAUUCGGGAGUGUGCCAGAUUGCACUAUUUGGGAUCCAGAACUCAGGCAUCCAAGGACGACCUUGACCUGAUAGCUUCAUGUCAUACUAAGUCCUUUCAGCUGUCAAAGUCUCAGAAGCGGAACUGGAUAGAUUCCUGCCCUCACCAGGAGGAGACCCAGCAGCAUACGGAAGAGGCACUGAGAGAGCUGUUUCAACAUGUUCACAAUAUGCCAGAGUCAGCAAAGAAGAAACAACUUAUUAGACAGUUUAAUAAGCAAUCACUGACCCAGACACCAGGGCGAGAACCUUCUACUUACCAGGUACAAAAGAGGGCCCGUUCACGCUCCUUCAGUGGGCUUAUUAAGCGGAAGGUCCUGGGAAAUCAGAUGAUGUCAGAAAAGAAAAAGAAGAACCCUACUCCAGAAUCUGUAGCCCUUGGUGAAUUGAAGGGAGCCAGCAAAGAAAAUAUGAACUUAUUAUUUUCUGGCUCUCCAGCUGUCACAAUGACACCAACAAGAUUGAAGUGGUCUGAAGGAAAGAAAGAGGGGAAAAAAGGAUUCCUCUGAAGGAUCCAGAGUUCUCUCCUAUGGUCCACGCAGAAUUUUCUCUUUAGUGGGCCAGGUAUUAUUCCUGCCACAGCGAAGCUUGGACUUGCAGCUUGGUUGCUGCAUUUUGAAUUGUGAAAGCCAACUAAUACCAUGACCCGACUGAUACCUCUAAUCCCGCUCACUGGAUGAUGUUUGCAAGCUGUGCCUUCUGAGAGAGUGCUUAGGUUCUCUUUCUCUUUGUUAAUAUUAUGGGGAAACCACUAACUAUCCAACCAGCUUAUACAGCACACUAAGGUGGGCUCUGUGCUCAUUCAGUGUGUUUAGGCAGAUUGCGCUUUUGAAAAAAAUAGGAAAUGUGUGCUCAGCUGCCAGUAAUUUUUUAAAAAGCACUGUCAAUCCUAGUGGAUUGAUCUUAUUUUUAAUGGAUAUUUUGGGGUUUUCUCUGUUUUGAUAGUGUUGGGUAUUUGGUUGUUUUUGUUCGUUUAUUUCUUUGUUUUAAAAGCCAUGUUUUUGGAUGGACUCCAAGCUAGGUGCCUUUCCCACUUUUUCACUUUGAGCUUUGGGAAAACUCUUUAUCUUAUGAGGCUGUAUUCCUCAAUACCUAAUUUGUGUCCAAAGAAUUUAUAGCUUUCCUGGACAUUUUUUACUUUUUCUUGGGUCUGACAUCAAAGAGUAUUUGACCUGCAGUAUUGAAACAGGAGAAUUCAGGAUAAUAUAAUAUUCUAACAAAUCGUAAUUAUUAAACUCUUCUCCUUCCUUCCCUUCAUUUUUCCCUCCCUUGUCCAUCUCUCUCCCCCUUUCGCCAGUGAUGUGAAAAUAAUUGUGUUCUGCU